CGCAGUCGAUUGCGGCUGCUUUGCAGAAACUUCGAAGAAAACAGUAUUGGAACCUCCAUUAGCGGUGGAAAUGUAGCAACAUCAAGCGAAAGACUUUCAGCUGAUGCAAUCUGCUAAGAGCGAGCGUGGCUAUUUAAUCCUAGAUCCUACUAAUCCUACUGGAACUAAUGAUGCUCUAGCAAAUCAAAGUAAUGAAUGGAAAGAAUUCCUCAGUAACUCACACUCAAGCACUGGUAAUGCUGAAAUACAUUCAACUGAUCCUGUACAUGAAAUUACUAUUUCUGAAGCAACUCAAAGACAUGAUAAUAACACCGAACAAUUAGUGACUGACUGUAAAGACAAUGGUAAUGAUGAUGGUGUGAAGUUGAAGAAAGAACUUCAGGUGUCACAGAUGCUCUGUUACAAGAACCAGACAUAACUGAAAAUGUCGAAAAGAUAAUGACUUUUGCAUCAGAAGAAGGAAACAAACCUUUAGGUAUAUUUAUGCACAAAGAUUCUGAAUUCCUAUCAUUUCCAACUAUGUUUACGUGUAAAAAUGAAAAAAAAAAUUUUGCAAAG